AUGCAACAGCAGCAACAACUCCAACAGACCCAGAUGCAGCCACAACUACAACAACCACAAAUGCAACAGCCUCAGCUUCAACAACAGCAACUACAACAAUCGCCAAUGCAACAACAGCAACCUCAGCAGACUGUAGCUGCCACAAUGCCCAUGGGCAACAGUGUGGAACAAAAUAACCACAUGAACGUCACAACAUCUGUGCCCAUCAAUGUUGCUACGUUAAAUGUUUCUCAACCGCAAAUGCAAACCCUCCAGCAAACUGUGAAUACUAGUACUGGUGCAUCAGUCCAAAUGGCUGUUCCACAGUUGACUGCACAAGCACAGACAGUUCAAGCAAGUAAUAUGAUGUCUCAAAGUUCUGCACCAUAUACCACCAUACAUCCAACAAUGACUAUGUCUCAGUCUCCUCUGCAGCAGGUUCAAGUAAUGCAACAACCUAUCUCAGCAUCAUAUCUUCAACAUUUAUACCCACAGCAGCAAUUCCUUUUACCUGGAAAUUUAACCUUACAACAUGGUAUGGCUGGUCCAACUUUGCAAAGUAUUGGUGCUACUCAAGGCUUGAGUUUACAGUUACAAGCUGCUAAAACAUUAGAUCCCAAGACUUCCAUGGGAGGUCAACUUCAAGCUGUAAAUACAAAUAAGGCUAUGGCCGUUAAUACUGGCACCAUGAUGACAACUUCAGGGCAAGUCAUUGGUGCAGCUGGUCCAAAAGCAAAUUUUCCUCAGCAAAUGAUAGCUACACCUGGAAAACAAACAAUUAUUCACAGUCAAACUGGAUUUACCAAUCAAGCUCCUAAUCAAACAGUUGUCAUUGGUCAAUUAGGUGUUAUUCCAAAUCAGCAGGCCAUUUUCAACCAGAAAGCACUUGCCGAUUCUCAAAAAGGGAAAACAUUUACUUUUCACAACCAGCAAGCAACAUUGCAACCAAAAUCUUUGUAUUCGUCAGCUGUGCCAGUGCAUUCCACUGCUCAAGUUUUUAAUGGAAGCCAUAUGAAACCUAUUGGUACACAGUCACAAAUAUUAACGUCUCAGGCUCCUGCUACAAUGUUAAGCAAUGCUCAACUGUUUGGCCUUAGUGCUGCAUUUCCCCAAGGCCUUUCUUGGAGUCCAGCUGGGAAUCUACAGUUGGCUAACAACCAGCCAAUAAUCAUUCAACAGCGUCAACAGUCAACAGAUAUGUUUAUCCAGUCUCCCUCUCAAUCUGCUAUGCAAAUCCCUGUUGCUACAGCUACUGCUCCCAUUCCCCCAACAACGUAUGCACCCACACCUUUAGCUCCCAGCAAACCUAAACAAGUUCGUUUUGCGACACAAACUGUUGCAGUAGCCACGCAAACCAUAGUCACAACUGCUGCUACUAUGAACUCAAACACUAAUCCUCUUCGGGCUCAAGUGAGACCCAAAGGCAGAUAUUCAGCUGCAUCAUCUCCUAUUGCUCCUUCCACAAAUGCCCCUCGUAUGGCCACUACUCAAACACAGACUAACCAAUCACAUUCACAACCUCCUGCUCAACUUCCAUCGAAUGCUCAACAAAAGUCAGAUGCUGGCAAUCAGACUCACACCAGCCAAGUGAAGCCUGUCACGACCCCUGAAUCUAAAUCCAUUUCUACACAAAGCAAAUCUGUUGGAGCGGAAACUAAGCAGCAUCUCUCUCCACAGCCACCUCUCAAAUCACAAGCGAUGAUUGCUCCAUCCACAAAAGCUCAGAACACUGUUUCACCAACGAUCAGUACCUCACUACCUCCUGUUACGUCAUGUGAUGUAACGACUACCACCACAUCUACGGUCUCUUCUACGGUUACGCCUACAAAUACCGUUCUACCUUCCAUGCCUAUCAUCACGACGUUUGCGGCGGUUGCUCCUACACCUUCAGCACCAAUUACGUCAGUCACAGUUACAGAUAAUUUGACUGUAACACCUAAAAUGAGUGCAGCUGUCUCGUCACAGGAGCUAGAAGAAUCUGUUGACGAUCCUCCUGAGUCUGAACCUCCUGUGGAAAUGGAAUGUGAAACUCUAAAACCACAGCCAAUUUUAAAACCAAAUCUGUCUCCUGUUAAAGAAAAGCAACCGCAAAAAGCCAUAGUGAAACCUCAAAUACUAACUCAUGUUAUUGAUGGAUUUGUAAUUCAAGAAGGUCCUGAGCCAUUUCCAGUAAGUCGGUCUGCAUUAUUAGACUCCUCUUAUAGGGUGAUGGCACCAGAAAAACCAAAAAAGAUUGAAGAUUCUCCAACAGCUGCCUCACCUGAAAAGAAGAGAAACACCGUACACAGACCUCGAGGUAAUGUGGAAUUGGCAAAGUGUGAAUUUUGUGGGAAAAUGGGUCCAAAAUACAAAUUUAAACGUUCAAAACGUUUUUGCUCUACUUCCUGUGCUAAAAGAUACAAUGUGUGCUAUUCCAAAGGUGUGGGACUGCUGCCUUCGUCAAACCAAGAAAAUGUGGCAGCAGGUCGGAAAAAGAAACAAGGUUUUAAAGGCAGAAGGGGUCGAAAACAAAGCCUCACUGACCAAGAUCUAGAAAACAGUCCAGUCCAAAUGGAAGUUGUUCCAGAACCGAAAAAUGAAGAACCUCUCAUUACUUCUAUCAAGGUGGAAGAGGACGUUGGUGAGGUCCCUAUGGAUGUAAGUCAUCAAAAUGUUACUCAGGCCGAAAAAGCUGAAGAAGUAGAAAUUGUUGAAGUUGAAUCAAGUGUGAUGCGGAAGCUACCCACCAAAUGGACAGUAAGUAAAAUUAGUUUUUUUUCAAUUGUGGUUCAAGAGGUGUUUGAAUUUAUCCGAGAUCUCCCUGGAUGCUCAGACUAUGCAGACACAUUUAAAUCUCAAGAAAUUGAUGGACAAGCUUUACUGUUGUUAAAAGAAGAUCAUUUAAUGACAAGCAUGAGCAUGAAACUAGGUCCAGCUCUUAAGUUAAUAUCUCAAAUUAACAGUAUCAAAGAGGAAACUUGGUGCAUCCUAGCAGAAAAUAGCAUUUAAUCAUUUCCUUUCACAGAAUCAGGAGAAUAAUUAAUUUUGUAAAGUGACUGAUGUAUUAAUAUACCUUUAUUUAGACAAAUAUAUAAAAUUGCUUUUCCCCCAUUGCAUAUUUCUCAGCUUAUGUGAAAGUUCUUUUAUUUAGAAGCUCCCUCACAGUUAAAUAAUUUUUAUAGAGAGAAAGCAAGAGAUAUUUUUUUAUAAUAGAUGUUUAAAAAAAAACAUUAAAAUACUUUGAAAUGAAACAUUAAAUAAAGACACUUACAUAUUAAGCUACAAAUUACCGCCCUCAUAGUCGGAACUAGAGUAGAAUUGCAAACAGCUCAGCUACAUCCAGAGACUACAGCUUCAACAAUAAAUAAGUAAAAAUAUGUUGACUUGAGAUAGUUGCAUUUGAUAUAUGAUAUAUCUGUAAAUAUCCCACGCAUUGGAAAUUAUGA